UGGGUAGAUAUUGACGGGCGACUUUGCACUUUGCAUUCACCACUUGCUUCCUUCUCCUUGCGAGACGUGCAUGCAGAGCCCAAGAUGAAAGUUGAGUUUGCUCCGCUGUCUGUGCCACUUCAGAGAAGGCUUCAGACAGCAUCAGUGGUUCAAUGGGUCUUCAGCUUCCUAGGUCUAGCACAGUGCUGUACUGCUGCCUUCAUCGCCCUCUUCUUCACUCGUUUUUGGCUGGUCAGUGCCCUCUAUGCUGCAUGGUGGUUAAUAGACAGGGAGAAACCCAGAAAGGGUGGGCGACGGAUCCCCGUCUUCCGGAACUGCAUCGUUUGGAGGUACAUGAGGGACUAUUUCCCUGUCACGUUGGUGAAGACAGCAGAGCUGGACCCUCGGCAGAACUACCUGGUGGGAUUUCAUCCCCACGGAGUCCUGGCAACUGGAGCCUUUAUCAAUUUCUGCACAGAGGCAUCUGGCUUUUCCAUACUCUUCCCAGGCAUCACUCCUCACCUGAUGAUGCUUUCCCUGUGGUUUCGCUUCCCGUUCUUCAGGGACUAUGUGAUGAGUGGAGGCCUCAUCCCCUCUGACAAGGAGAGUGCAUCCUACGUGCUGCAGAAGCCAGAGGGUGGGAACUUGCUGGUCAUCAUUGUUGGUGGGGCACAGGAGGCCCUGGAUGCCCGUCCAGGAUCCUACACCUUGCUGCUGAAGAACAGGAAGGGAUUUGUGCGCCUGGCCAUCCAGCAUGGCACGCCCCUGGUCCCUGCCUUUUCCUUUGGGGAGAAUGAUGUCUUUGAUCAGGUGAAGAAUCCCAAGGGCUCCUGGCUGCGGAAGAUUCAGCAUUGCCUCCAGCAGAUCAUGGGCAUCUCCCUUCCCCUCUUCCAUGCACGAGGCAUCUUCCAGUACAGCUUUGGGGUGAUACCCUACCGACGGCCCAUCUGCACUGUGGUUGGGAAGCCAAUUCCAGUGCAGAAGAAGCACAGACCCUCUGAUGAAGAAGUUGAUGAAGUCCAUCAAAAAUACCUAAAUGCGUUGUCCGAGCUCUUUGAGAAGCACAAAGCUAAAUACAAUGUCCCAGAAGACAGCCACCUGGAAUUUAUAUAGAGUGCCUAAGCGAGGUGAAACCAUGGUGAUCAAGCUCCAAGUUUUCUUCUUCUCUGGAACCACUUCACAACCUCAACAUAGUCACACUUAACACAUAGUCUGUAUAGCAUAGGGAAAAGAACUUGAUUUUCCCAGUAUUUGCAUGGGUGUAGAGCCAGUUUUUCAUUUUUUUCUCCAUGUAGAACACAUAUAAGAUAAAAAAGAGAAGAAAAACAUCCCAUCUGUGGUCAGCUCAAUUGAAACUCCUCAGCACAAAAAUAACACUUCCAGUCUGGCAUGGAUGCCAGUUUAUACAGAUAUUUCCAGGAAGUUCUGAAUUUUUGAAAUUAUUUCCUUUGCAUUAUUUUUAUUUCGAAAUGGGACAAUGAGCUAUAAUUUUUGAUGAAGGCAUAUGUUUUUAAAAAUAUAAUUCAUCUAGAUCAAUAAAUGAACAUUGUUUGGUGCUCUUCA